AUGGCGCCUCAAGCCGUCCAAACCGAGGCCUUGCCAACCGGGACGCGGCAAAAGCGCUGGGCUACCAAAGUCAGGACAGGCUGCAAUACUUGUCGGGCUCGUCGGGUCAAGUGCGACGAGACACACCCGGCCAUCCGGUACUACUUGACCGUCAUUAAACCAGUGCGCUCCAAUGAGUUGGAGCCUGUGCGUGAGCCUCCAUUCAAUUCUGGACAGGUGAUUCCGGCGUCCUUCACUUGCCUCGUCCUCGCCAACCGAAUGUCCAAUGCAUCCAAAAGCCGCAACAGACUGAUACGAUUCGAAGAGACCGCCUUUUCUGGGCUCUGGACCCAAUACCAUCGUUAUCUACUGAAACAUCUGGCCAUUGUUAACAAGCUCAUGCAGUCCGAGGACAAAAUGGACAAAAGCAUAGCUAUUUUCAGCUUGUAUGCGUUACUGUGUCUGGACUGCAAUGCAGGAGGUUCAAUGUGGCAGAAUCAUUUGAACGGUUCGAUGGCCUACGUGCAACAUCUUGGCGGUGUUAAGGCGCUUGAGGCUCUCCCGCGGGGCACGGCGAGAUUCCGCCUCAUAUUAUGUCGUUCUAUAUUCUUCAACACGACAUGCCCAGCAAAUCACCAAGUUUUGGGCUAUGCGUACUAUACAGAUGACGAGUUAUGGAGCGUACUUCGGGAUCAAGAAAUUAGCGGCGACACCCCGUGCCCAGUGAAGCUGUUCAUGCGGAUUGUUCAAAUCAAUCGAUUGCGGCUCCAUGCCGCCACCAGAGCCACCACAAAAGCAGCCUUCGUCGCUAGAGUGCGUGAGCUAUUCGACGCGAUAGACGGCUUCGACCUGCAGGCCUGGUCAAAGGGGAGAAGCUUUGCCAACGAGGCAAUCACGCUGUCGCUCGGGCACGUCUUCCUCGUCGCGGUCCGCCUUUACGCUAUUAUGACAUUGUGUCGUUCGGAACUCAUUUCGAGUCACAUUGUCGGUUCACAUUCAGGCACAUCCGGCCUCAGCGCUGGCACGCAAGAUGCAGUGCGCCAAGCCGAGACGCGCGAACUAAUGAAGCUUCUCAGGCAGCUUUGGCCUUCGAUGAAGUACAUCCCUGCGCUGCAGUGGCCGCUGAUUGUUGCUGGAGUCGGCACCGCGGGCAAUCGAGGGCCAGACCAGGAAUUCAUAGAUCAGUGCCUGCUGUCGGUAUGGCACUAUCCGCUGAAUGACACCAACAUCUUCCGGUGUCUGGAAAAGCUGCGAGCUUUUUGGGCAUCGGGCAAGACUGGGUGGGAAGAUUGUUUCGAUGAGCCUAUUCCGUGCUGA